AAUGAUAAUAUUAGAUCUGCCAAGCAUUUCUAUGUGGUUGGGUUUGGGUUUGGCCCGAGGCCUGGCCUUGUCUGCGUUUUGUUUGUUUAAUUUUUAAAUCUCCCUUUUUUCUUUUAGCUUAAGCCAUAAAGGGCAAAGUUGUGUCUUCUCCUUCAUUUUCAGUUUGUCAGAUCUCCAUACUCUGAAAUUUCCUCCGACUACAGCCCUACAAGUGGCUGGCCGACGGUCUAUAUUUCUUAGUCUUCUCUCUCUGUCCUUCUCGUUGAAAUUAUAGUUUCACCCCAAAGAUUUUCCUUAAUUUUCCUCACUUUUUUGAACGAAAGACGGAAACUUUUACAAGCGAUGAACAAAGGAACGGGAGUCGGAACUGGGCCAACGGCGGCGGCUGCAGCGGCUGCGGCACAGAAGCAAAAAACUAUGAUGCAGAGAGUGGAAACCGACAUCGCCAGCAUCGUCGACAAUUUCACCCAGCUUGUUAAUGUUGCCCGCGUAAAUGAUCCACCAGUUCGAAAUUCACAGGAAGCUUUCAUGAUGGAGAUGCGUGCAGGCAGAAUGGUGCAGGCAGCUGAUUCUUUGCUUAAGUUGGUGUCUGAGUUAAAGCAGACGGCAAUCUUUUCAGGAUUUGCAUCUCUUAACGACCAUGUUGAGCAAAGAACUGUUGAGUUUAACCAACAAGCAGAAAAAACAGAUCGAAUGUUGGCCAGGAUUGGAGAGGAGGCAGCAGCGAGCCUCAAGGAGCUUGAAUCUCAUUAUUAUUCUUCUGCACAGAGGACAGCUGAUACUGCAUAGCCCUUAGAAACAGCUUGUAAGCGAUGGUCUCUAAACAAGUUCAUAUUUGUUGGUUUGUAUGAAGAAUAUAAAAUAUUAAAUUC